AGGAUGAUAAAAAUGAUGAUAAAAAUGAUGAUAAUAAUAAUAAUAAUUCAAUUAGUGAUAAUCAUAAUUAUGAAAAUAUUCAUAACGAAAAAGAAGCCUGUGAAGAUAAAAUAGAAGAUGAGAAUAUUAUAAAUAAUAAAAUCAUAAAAGAUAAUGAUAUACGUGAUAAAUAUAGUCCUAAUAAAACGAAAAAUUAUAAUUCGAACUUUCCUGAUAACAAAAAGACGAGUAAAAGUAAUUCUUAUGUUAAUCCUACACAAAAAAAGGAAAAAAGUAAUAAUAGUAACACCAUCGUUGUAUCAAAUAAUAUUUCACAUGAAAAAGAAGAUGAAAAAAGAAAAAAAAGCGAUCAUCGAGAUUUAAAUGAAACGGAAAAAAAAAAUAUCAAAUUGGAUUAUCCUAAAGACUUUGAAAGUAACAAUAAACACGACAAACAUAUAAAUAACGGGGACGAAGAAAAAAAUGCUCAUAGUUCGCAUAACCAAAAUAACAAGGAGAAAAAAUUUCAUUCUAAUGAUACCGAAGCUUUAAGAAGAAGUAGCAUAAAAAGAAGUACAGUCGAUUAUGAGAAAAAGAACUUAAAAAGCGAGUCGUAUUAUGGAAAAGAAUAUUUAAAUAGUUAUAGUAAAGAAGAUAUAAUGAAAGAAGGUAAAGAAAAAAAAUAUUCUAAUGAUAUUAAUGAACAUAAUAAUAUAGAAAGUUCUCUAAGUCAUAGCAAUAGAUUAAGAGAAUCGAUCAAAUUUGAAGACAAGAAAAAAAAUAACAACAAUAAUAAUUAUUCCCAUUAUAAUAAUGUACAUGGUGUAUUUAAAAAACAUACACAUAAUAAUGAUAGUAAUCAUCAUGUAGAGAGAGAUAAAAACAGAGAAAGAGAAAAGGAACCUGAAAAAUAUGAACGAAAAGAUAAACAAGCAGAAAUGGAAAGAGAAAAAGAAAAAGAAAGAGAAAAAGAAAAAGAGAGAGAAAGAAAUAAAAAUAAAGAAAGAGAAAAACAAAUAGAAAGAGAUAAAGAAAAACAAUUAGAAAGAGAUAAAGAAAAACAAAUGGAAAGGGAUAGAGAAAAACAAAUGGAAAGGGAUAGAGAAAAACAAAUGGAAAGGGAUAGAGAAAAACAAAUGGAAAUUUCAAAUUGUGAACAAAGAAAGACAAAGAUAAAUAAACAAAAAAAUAAAAAAAAAAAUAAUAAUAAUAAUAAUAGUAAUAAUACAUAUAAUAAUGAACUAGCCAAAAAUGUAAAUAAUCAUAAUAAUAUGAAUAAUACAU